AUGGCGAGCACGAACCGCCGCCUGUCCAUCCCUGCGGUUGCGGCAGACAAGCAGCCUAAGACGAUCAAGCUCACCGUCAUGGCGCUCCUGUCACUUCCCUGGCGUCUUUGCAACCCGCCACCCGCAGUAGGCAAAGUCCGGUCAUGCCAGGUGACGCCCGUCUUCAAGGUCACUCUCGACGACGUCCUGGAUCGCAAACACCUGCCUCCACUGGGCCUCAAAGAUUUUGAAGAAUGGCUUCUCUUCGUUGAGGGAAACGCAGAGAACUUGUACUUCAUGUUAUGGUUCAAGGAGUACUCGGCACAGUAUUCGCGCUGGUACUCACAGGCGAAACCUCCGAAGCCAUCGGAGAGUUACCAGUCGGAUGAUCACUACCGCUUCUCGACGCAAGCUGCUCCCAGCGCUCCUCUGGCGCACUUCUAUAACCGUUGUAAACAGACCUUCUUUACCCCGGGCGCCGAGUUUGAACUCGACAUCCCCUCGGACAUCCUUUCCCCAUUCCAUACCGGGCAUUUCGUCUCUCCGCAUCCUGAUCCUAUAGUCUUCAAUGACGUGGUGCGAGAGACUCGCCGGAUGCUGAAGGACUCGCUUGAUCGUUUCGUGCUGGCUUCGUAUACCAACGUCGGCUCUCAGCGCGCCCUGUGUGGUACGGUUGGUGGCACUGUCUUUGCCAUCGCGGGUUUCGUGGCACCCAUGGUCAUGAACUUCAUGCAUCAUCGCUCUCGCUGGCUUCGUCUACUCGCUCUUCCUGGUCUUUGGAUUGGCCUUACUAUCAUUCUCGCGAGUCUCCACGGGGUUUGCAUGAUGGUUUAUAUCUUCGGCGAUCUCCGCCAGCUGCGCAAGUUCGAACUCGAACGUCCCGCGAUCUCUGCACCUAGACCUUUGGGCUUCCACGAGUCCAGCGUGGAGAACCCCGCAGGCCCUGCGACGUACAAGCCUGCAACUCUGUCUUCACAGUCAAUGCUUCCUGCGGAAGCGUUUGUACGGCCUCGCGCCGCACCCACGCCACCGCCGCUCACAGCUCUCACCAUCCCGCCCCUCGCGAUGGUACACGAAGAGCGCUCGCCUUCUGCUGCCUCGGAUGCGACACCCUACGAGCGCAACUCAUAUGGAUCAGCGUCACAGCGUUCAUCAUGCAGUUCAGUCUCUUCGCUGGCUACCGACGACGCCGAUGACCAAAUCCUCGGUAUAUCCGGGCCCUACUACGACGUUGUACCGGCGCCUGAGGGACCGGCUACGCGCGUCGGUCCAUGGACUGAACCGGCGGAAUCACCGUAUCAUGCAGAUCACACGCCGGAGUGCGUCUUGGCGCGGACGCACGGUGUUGCCACGGCCGGCUUUAUUCGCGCCUUCGAGCCCGAGAGGGACGCUGAAGCCGGCAUCAUGUCUACCAGCGCGUUCGACUUCGACGCGCUACCCGUACGCGAGUGUGUCAAGCAAUGCAUCUGCGGCGCUGAUGCCGAGAAUGCCGGUCCUGCGGUCGCGUCGUCCAUCGCACUUCCCCUCGAGAAGGAGAAGACGCUUGUCCGUCAGAUCUCCGGCAUCGUCUCCGCCCCGCUCGCCGCCAUGACACCGAAGUACCGCGCAAAGCAAGCUUCGCUACCACCUGCACCGACUGAACGCUCUCGACCUUACUGCCAACAUGGCAAGCCAGACGUUAUCUACGUUGGGCGGGAGGCACGGUGCGGGAAGGCGGAUUGCCAUCCAGUGGAGAAGAAACCAAAGUCGGGCAUGCGCGCUCGCACGGCGCUUGCCAUUCAGCGCGCCGUACCCGCGUUCGGUCCCCUCACACGCGUGCUGAAUCCGGUCAUCUCUAGAGCCCAGUGGGAGAUCGUUGUGCGGAGCGCCAUCAUAGCUGCCAUCAUCAGCUUCUCCGUUGUCUUCGGCCUCGUCGCUGUACCAGUCAUGCCUCCGCACUGA